AUGAGUACUCCGUUUGGUCUAGAUUUGGGUAACAACAACUCGGUGAUUGCAGUUGCCAGAAACAGAGGUAUUGAUGUGGUUGUGAAUGAAGUCUCCAACCGUUCAACACCUUCUUUGGUGGGGUUUGGUCCAAAAAACAGAUACUUGGGUGAAUCUGGUAAGACAAAACAGACCUCCAACGUCAAGAACACGGUUGAAAACUUGCAGAGAAUCGUCGGUUUAGGCUACUCAGACGCGGACUUCGCAGAGGAGAAAAAGUACUUCACCAGUAAACUGGUCAAACUAGAUGACGGUAAAGUUGGUUGUCAAGUCAAGUUCGGCGGUGAGACUGAGACUUUCGACGGUAUCCAGUUGGCUGCCAUGUUUAUCGACAAGGUCAAGACGACCACGAUCCACGAGACUAAAAGCACCAUCACUGACGUGUGUCUUGCGGUCCCAGCUUGGUACACUGAGGAGCAGCGUUACAACAUUGCAGAUGCUGCUAGAGUUGCUGGAUUGAACCCGGUUAGAGUGGUCAAUGAUGUCACUGCAGCAGCAGUUUCAUAUGGUGUUUUCAAGACAGAUCUGCCAGAAGGUGAGGAGAAGCCAAGAAUCGUUGCAUUUGUGGAUAUUGGUGACUCUACUUACACCUGUACCAUUGUUGCUUUCAAAAAGGGAGAAUUGAAAGUCUUGGGCACUGCUUAUGACAAACAUUUCGGUGGUAGAAACUUUGAUCGUGCCAUCACUGAGCACUUUGCUGAUGAAUUCAAGAAAAAAUACCAUAUCGAUAUCAGAGAAAACGCCAAGGCUUACAACAGAGUUCUUACUGCAGCAGAAAAAUUAAAGAAGGUUUUAUCUGCAAAUUCGGCUGCUCCAUUCUCUGUUGAAUCAGUCAUGAAUGAUGUUGACGUUUCUUCCCAAUUAACUCGUGAAGAAUUGGAAGAAUUAGUUGCUCCGUUGCUGAAGCGUGUUACCGAGCCAGUUACAAAGGCUUUGUCUCAAGCUAAGCUGACUGCGGAAGAUGUUGACUUUGUUGAAAUUAUCGGUGGUACUACUCGUAUUCCUAUCUUGAAGAACUCGAUCUCUAAUGAAUUCGGUAAGCCUUUGUCCAGUACUUUAAAUCAAGAUGAAGCUAUUGCUAAAGGUGCUGCAUUCAUUUGUGCAAUUCAUUCGCCAACUUUAAGAGUUAGACCUUUCAGAUUUGAAGAUAUUCAUCCUUACUCCGUUUCAUACUUCUGGGACAAACAGGUCGAAGAUGAAGAUAACCUAGAAGUCUUCCCAGCAGGUUCUGCUUUCCCUUCAACUAAGUUAAUCACCCUACAUCGUACUGGUGAUUUCGUUAUGGAAGCCAAAUACACAAACAAGCAAGAAUUACCUGAAAAUACUCCAGUAGAAAUUGCUAAAUGGCAAAUUUCAGGCGUAAAUGUUCCAGAAGGUGAAACAUCCGUUCCAGUCAAAUUAAAGUUGAGAUGUGACCCAUCCGGUUUACAUACCAUUGAAGAUGCUUAUACCUUAGAAGACAUCAAAGUUAAGGAAGAAAUUCCUUUACCUGAAGAUGCUCCAGAAGAUGCCGAACCAGAAUUCAAAGAAGUUACAAAAACUGUCAAGAAAGAUUCUUUGAUAAUAAACGCAACAACAUUUUCACUACCAGCUGAUAAAUUGAAUAAGUACAUCGAAAAGGAAAAUGAAAUGUUUGCGCAAGACAAAUUGGUUGCCGAAACUGAAGACCGUAAGAAUGCUUUGGAAGAAUACAUUUACACUUUGCGUGGUAAAUUGGAAGAAGAAUACUCCCCAUUUGCUUCAGAUGCUGAAAAGAGUAAAUUAACAGAUAUGCUAGCAAAGGCCGAAGACUGGUUAUAUGAUGAUGGUUACGAUUCUACCAAGGCUAAAUACAUUGCAAAAUAUGAAGAAUUAGCCUCUAUUGGUAAUAUUAUCAGAGGUAGAUAUUUGGCCAAAGAAGAAGAGAAAAAGCAGGCUUUUAGAUCAAAGAAUGAAGCUGCAAAGAUGGCAGAUCUAGCCGAAAAGCUUGCUGCUCAAAGAAAAGCAGAAGCUGAACAAAAGGAAUCCUCGAAACCUGAUGCUGAAGGUGAUGUUGAUCUAGACUAA